AUGCACGAAAAUCUCGCCAACCCCGCCGCCCCGAGAGGAUCUGAUUCCCGCGCCAAUUCGAGAGCCACCGCAACCGAUCGGAGCUCGACCUCAAACAGAAAUUCACAAUCCGCUCCGGUGCUGCAAGAUGCCACCGCCGCGCGCAUGGAUGAUUGUCUCGUGCCGGACGAAGCCCCGGCGUUCCAUUCCCAUUUGAAUCACGCCGAGAUCUCCCCCGCGGUACAACUCGAUAAAUUUCUGAGCGCAUCGAUGCUCCAAGCUCGCGAGACCCCGAUAUCCCAUCAGAAUCUCUCUUUGGGUUCAAACGAAGCAGAGUACCCCGAAGAUAUUCCGAUCAACCGCGGGCUGGUGCCGUUCAGUGAUGCAACUGGCCCUUUGCGACCUGAAUAUCGUCAUUCGCAAUUUGUGUUGAAUCAGACCCCUGAUGAAAGGGAACGAAUUAGCCCUUCGAGGCAGCAGAGCCCCGUUGAUGCGGUCGAUUACUCGCAGAUUUCCAUGAUGAACAGUGAAGUUGAGAAUGCCUCUUCUCACUGCUUCCAGAUGAGUAAGAGACUUAGCGCCUAUGGCAAUGUGAUAGAUUUCUCACCCCUGUCCGUAUUUAGAUAA